CAUUAGCGCUAUUGAGCGCAGCAUCUCGUUCCCGCUUUUUCAGGGAACAGGGUUACAGUCAAGUAACCCGAGACGUAUUUCAUAUAUGCUUCAGUAUGUUAGUCAGCAAAUAAAAAAAAGGUGUAUUACUUUAAAACAUGACAAAUUAUUGCUUAAAAUGUCAAAUGCACUAUAAUUAAAGUAAUAUGGGUAAUGUUAUAUCUCGACACUAAUGGUGUUUUAUGGUUUGUGGAUCAAUAUCAGGUCCUGGUUUGGCAUUUCUGGCCUAUCCGCAAGCUGUCACACAGCUUCCCAUGUCUUCACUCUGGGCUAUUCUCUUCUUCUCAAUGAUCAUGAUGCUAGGAUUGGACAGUCAGAUAUUUUACACAUGCAUACACUCAUGAAAAAGAUUAAUGUCUAAAAAAAAACCUUUGUGAAUUGAGUUGUUAACAUUUUUUUUUAUCAAUCUACAUAAAGAGCCUAUUAUUUGUUUUAUUUGGCAUGAUGCCUCAGAGACCAUAGAGUUAUUGAUAGAGCUUGUAUUGAACCCACAAUACUCCUCUAAUGGUGGUACAUUUAGCAGCUUUGCAUUAUUAUUAUUAUUCUAUAGAUUUAGAGAUUAAUUAUGUUUAAUGAUUGAAAGUUGUAUGGAUGAACGUAUAUAUCUUAUUUAAUUGCGAUGGAAGCAGUUACAAUCAGCUGAUGCUGGCUGUCAAGCCGUGGUCUGCCUGAGCUACGUUUGAGCACCAUUAGUCACUCUUCAAAAAGACCACACAGCCAAUUUUAGCUAACAUGUUAAAGAACAUGUGGAAACUUUAAACAUGUAUGAGCAAUAAUGUUUUAUGUUUAGUCUGUAUUAAAAAUCAGUACCUCCACACAUAUCAUAAACAUAAAAAAUUACUCUAAUUCUAACACCAUUUGUACAAAAAAAAAAGGUUAAUGGGUUUAGGGUUAUGCUGGUCUUUUUAUUUAUACCCUAGUUCCUAAAUAACUAACUACUGUUAGAUACUGUUAAAUAACUAAAUAACUAACUAAUAUACUACUAAAAUUAUAAUUGUUUACUAAAUCAAUUGUCCAGACAUGUUUUCCAAUACUUUAAUGCUUUUUAUUUUACACUUUUUACACUUGUCCCUGACAGUUCUGUACAGUGGAAGGCUUCAUAACUGCUCUAAUGGAUGAAUAUCCCACAGUCCUGAGGAAGAGAAAGAAACUCUUCAUCUUCAUUGUGUGUUUUAUAUCCUUUGUCAUCGGUUUCUCCAACAUCACACAGGGUGGCUUUUAUGUGUUCAAAUUGUUUGACUACUACUCGGCCAGUGGAAUGUGUCUCCUGUUCCUGGUCUUCUUUGAGACAAUCUCCAUUUCUAUGGACCAUGGUAUCCCUGUUCUUUAUUGGCCAGCAAACUCGCCUGACCUUAACCCCAUAGAAAAUGUAUGGGGUAUUGUGAAGAGGAAGAUGCGAUAUGCCAGACCGAACAAUGCAGAAGAGCUGAAGGCCACUAUCAGAUCAACCUGGGCUCUCAUAACACCUGAGCAGUGCCAUAGACUGAUCGACUCCAUGCCACGCCGCAUUACUGCAGUAAUUUAGGCAAAAGGAGCCCCAACUAAGUAUUGAGUGCUGCACAUGCUCAUACUUUUCAUGUUCAUACUUUUCAGUUGGCCAAGAUGUCUAAAAAUCCUUUCUUUGUAUUGGUCUUAAGUAAUAUUCUAAUUUACUGAGAUACUGAAUUUGGGAUUUCCUUAGUUGUCAGUUUAUCAUCAAAAUUAAAAGAAAUAAACAUUUGAAAUACAUC